AGUGAUGACUUGAAAAUGGCUGCUCUCCAUCUCAAAUGGCAUGGCAAGGAUACUGACACAGAGAUUCAGCAAAUUGUGGGCUUUCAUAUUCGCACUCUCUAUCGCAUACAGACUCACUUUUGUAGGACAGGAGAUGUUGCUAAGGCUAAGGUGCUUGGACACGGAUGUCCUUGGAGCCUUGUAGAGGCAGAUGCAGCCUACCUUGUUUCUCUUUCCAAGCGAAAUCCUGCUCUCUUUCUCGACGAAUACCAGAAACUGUCAAGC